AUGAUUUGGCGGUCAUCAACAAUCAGAUUCGUCUGGGUCGCACUGUUCGCUACCAAUGUUGUCGCCAAGUCGGAAGUGUUCUGUAAGCUGGCACUGACGCCGGGGUCGCGUCGGCCGAGCCGCGACGACAUCGUGGCACCGAGUUGAGACUGACACUGCUUGCUCCGUUUUCGUAUCGACUGAUCCCCCUCGAUCCCCCUCGAUCGUCCUCGCCAUCAUCUCGCUGCUGGAUCCCUACUGGGCCGUGCAGAUGCCAGUGCGGUCUCGUAUUGCUCUGCAGCUCGAGCGAUCGAAGUUAAAGAGUUUUUGCUGCAGUACGACAGUGAGUCCAUUGUCCGAUUUCGGUCGUUGAGUUGGCCGGCCCAGCCCGCCAGGGACGGCGCCCCGACCUCGGAGUUGACGAGCUCGCGUGUCUCGGUUCUGCCUGCGAAAAUGAACUCUGAGACUGACCUCCUCUAUCAACACCCCGCAGAUAUCGACAAGACCAUAUCGUUCGACAUCAAUGCCGCGAGUGUUGAGCCCGACACUAGAGCCAUCAUCUCGUUGCAGUUGACUGCCUAUGGGAUCCAAGGUACGUUCUCACUCGCUCGCUCGCGGGCUCGGCAGCCCGAUCAUGCAUAUCCUUCGACUCCUUCUUCGGCGCUGUAAUCGGUGGCACCGUCUUGGCCGGACACCAGACAUUGGUUCUCUUCAUUGCGACGCCCAAGCUGAACGACAACACCUCUACCUCUAGCCGUCAACGUGAGCAUCAACCUGUGCACCACCCUCAGCGGUGUCAUGUGUCCCCUGCCGCAGUACAACUUCGUCGCCAGCGCGAGUGAGUUUUCCGGCAACGACUCGAUCGAUGCUGAUCGAGCUGACCUCGAAGUCGAUGGGGUGUGUUGUCUUCCCUCCUGUCUAGCGUUACCGCUCCCUACCUCCAUCCAAGACGAGGUCAAAAUCCCUGCGAUUGGCUAUCGGAUACCCGAUUUGGAAGCCGUCGCAACCGUUCGGCUUCUGAGCGUCGCGAACGGAUCGGAAGCGACUUGCCUGCGGGUGCGAUUGAGCAACGGCGAGUCGGUGCGAUGGGCAGGCGUAUCGUGGGCAACCGCUGGACUCAUGCUCGGUGCGAUCGUACUCGGACUGCUACGGAUGUUCGUGAACUUUUGGCAAGGUGACACCGAAGCGAUGCAGCGAGGUCGGACGAAAGAAAGGCUGCUUGAGAUCAUUGGCUGGUAUCAAUUUGUCGCCGUCUCGGGUUUGCUCUCCCUCGACUACCCGCUCAUCUACAACAGCUUCACCACAAACUUUGCAUGGGCCUUGGGCCUGGUCUAUAUCCAGCCUUUCCAGCAGUCGAUCGACGACCUACGUGAUCGAACAGGGGGCAACUUGACCCGUCUUGCGGGGUCGCUGAACCUCGUAGGUGGGACCGAAAAAGCGCGACAGGUCUCGUUCGCGACUUCGAGUCGACAGGCGCCAAACCUGGAUAGGCGUUCAAUUUUUCUCUCCGACAUGCUGGCUAGCCUACGCCCCUCUGCUGCCUUCAACACAUCAACGUCAUGGAAUGCACGUGGUAGCCGACCGUGGACUAGCAAUUUGCAAACUCGGCUGGCCGAGGUUGCGGACCAUGCGGUUACGACGAUCAAGAAGAGGGCUUUGAAUGGAACGGAUCGGGCGACGACGGCCGCAGAUUAUGCCGUUCCCAAGGUGACCGAACAGGACACCUACUCGUCGCUCGACUUUGGUAUCCCUCGCUUCGUGUUCCAGUGGCACAUCUCACCUUAUAAUGCCUUCAUGACCGUUUUCCUCUCCUUCUUGCUCCUUCUCGCGUUCCUUCUCGCUGUCGCCAUCAUCCUUGCGAUCCCCUUUGGCUUGAUGUCGUGGAGGGCCGCCAAGCGCAACGGUGGAAAGCGUAGCCUCGACAUUCGACACGGCGUGGCUUCAACGCUCUUCCUCUCCACUGCGUUACGAGUGGUGAGUGGUCCACUGAGCUGCGCAAUACACAAUACAGAUCUCAAAACUGAUCUGUACCUCGUCGUCGCUUCUGCAGCUUCUCAUCUCGUGGUUUCCAUUGACACUGUUUACCUUCUUCCAAUGGAAGCUCGGCUCUUCCGAUGUGAGCCCUACCACCCUCGGCUUCUGGGAAGCGAGUCUCUUUACUGAUCCAAGCCAGCCUUCCUUGUCUCUCAGUCCUACGCACCUAUCAUUCUUUCCGUCUUUAUUUUCCUUACCACAACAGCUUCUCUCGUCGGCCUCGCAUUCCUCUGCAUCCGGAAUGUUCGCCGGCAUUCGGCCGACAAGCUGCUCGUCUUGGGUGGCGCGGCCUACACCCCUUUCUGGAACCCGUUCAAGCCCGCGAGGUGGUGGUUCUUCAUUCCACUUCUCGUGGCUUCCUUUGCUGAGGUGGCAUUCGUCGCUUUUGCUCAGGUAAGUCAUAGAAGGGCACUGCUGUAUGCCUAUGCCCCAUCGGUGCUGACGUUCUGAUCCUUUUCGACGCCUACCUCAGAACCGCGGCUGGGUCCAAUCCGUCGCCAUGCUCGUCAUCGAGCUCUUCAUCCUCAUUCUCAUGUGCACGACCGUACCCUGGACGGACAAGUCAUCGAACGCAUUCCGCAUCCUGCUCCAAAUUCUCAAGUGCGCGAUCUUCGGCGCGUUGAUCUCGUUCAAUCGCUCGAUAGGGCUGAACGAGAUCGUCCGAGUCGUCAUCGGCGCCGUCAUCAUCGUCGUCGAGGCGGUCAUCGUCAUCGCCUUGUUCGCGUUAUUGAUCGUCGACCUCGUGUGGAUUUUGAUCGAACUUGUUCGAGGGAUACGUACUCGGCGGAAGAUGAAGCAGCGAGGAUCUGGCGAGGUCGUUGAUGACAAGGUGAUGGCAGAGCAGGGUGAUGGCACCGUUGUCGGGGGAUCCAAAAGACCGAGUGAGGAAGGGGCGCGAACAUUGGUGAUGCAACGUUCCAGAGGGGUCGAAGAGGAAGCUCCAAUGGUCUCAUCCUCGCUGGGUGCCCCUUCCUUCUUGUCCAAGGCUACACCUUCCUCCUCCACAGUGGACGACGAGGCAUCCUCAGCGGCCCAGACGACAACGACGAUGCGUGGAUCAAACUCGGGGGCGCUUCACCCCUCUUUAUGGUCCCAUACGUGA